AUGUUGGAUUUGUCACUCGGCGACGAACCCGUAUUAUAUUAUUAUGGCUUAGAGGAAAGCGAGCGCAGUCUGUCUCCGUGCGGCGCGCGGGAGGCGUGCUCGGCGCUGCUGCUGCGCUACUGGCGCGCGCCCGCGCUGCUGCGCCUGUGCCGCUGCGCGCGCCGGCAGCGCUGCGACACGCGCGCGCCGCCCGACCGCCUCGUGGAGCUCAAUAACCGAGCUUAUUUCCAGUUUUGCACGCCUAUCACUAAUUGGCCGGAAUGCUCUUUCUCGGACACGCCGCUCAUUGUGGAAACGCUUUACGAACGCAUGAACCCCGAUGAUCUGGAGGAUUUGCAUCACAAAAACGUUCAACUUACGCCGCCGAGGAUCGUCUUAAACUGCCGAUGUCGGUACCCAUAUUAUUGGCGUUUAAACUCUACAACCCAAACAGAUACAACUUACACCUACCAGUGUGGAUCUUUGCCCCUUUGCAAAACAGGGGACUUUUGUGGCAACGUCAAUUAUGAUUUGAACGCCUUAUACCAGUCUUGCUUAUGCCCAAGGAACCACAUAUGCGUUCACAGUGGCGGCAUCGCACAUCAUUACAUAUCGGAGCUAUUGUACCGCGGCAAGGGAUGGAAAGCUUAUUGUCAGCCACUGAAUAAUGACUACAGCUACGAUGAAUAUUGA